AUGAGUGGCUCUCUGACAGGGAUCUUUAAUGAGGCCAAGCCAGGGCAAGGAUCCAGGGAUGGCCUGCAGCAUUCCCAGUCGGCUCUGGCUGGAACGCUACCCCACUUCCUGCAGGAGCCAGAUGAUGCCUACAUUGUCAAGAGCAACCCCAUCAAACUGCGGUGCCGAGCCAGACCUGCACUGCAGAUCUUCUUCAAAUGCAAUGGAGAGUGGGUCCACCAGAACCAACACACUUCACUGGAACACACCGACCUGGGAACCGGACUGAAGAUCCGAGAAGUAACGAUAAACGUAUCGAGGCAGCAGGUGGAGGACUUCCAUGGCCCGGAAGAUUACUGGUGUCUGUGUGUGGCUUGGAGUCACCUGGGAACAUCCAAAAGCCGCAAGGCCACAGUAAGAAUCGCAUAUCUACGGAAGAACUUUGAACAGGAGCCACAGGGGAAAGAGGUGCCAAUCAAAGGCAUGAUCGUCCUUCACUGUCGCCCUCCAGAGGGAGUGCCCCCUGCAGAGGUGGAAUGGCUAAAGAAUGAAGAACCGGUGAGUUCCCUGGGAGACCGAAACAUCGACACGCGGGCUGAUCAUAACCUGAUCAUUAACGAAGCUCGGCUUUCUGACUCGGGGAAUUACACUUGCUUGGCCAGCAACAUCGUCGCUAAGAGACGCAGUGCCACAGCCACCGUCAUUGUGUUUGUAAAUGGCGGGUGGUCUUCUUGGACGGACUGGUCGGCCUGUAACGUACGCUGUGGGAGAGGCGUCCAGAAGCGCUCACGUACCUGUACUAACCCUGCUCCCCUCAACGGAGGGGCUUUCUGUGAGGGCAUGUCUGUUCAGAAAAGCACCUGCAACACACCCUGUCCAGUGGAUGGAGGCUGGGCAGAGUGGAGUCAGUGGACAGAAUGCAGUGCGGAGUGUCAACGGCAGCGUAGCAGAGACUGCACAGCCCCUGAACCAAAACACGGGGGCAGACUGUGUGAGGGAGCUGCACUGGACACAGACAACUGCACCGGAGAUCUCUGCACUCAAGACAGAAAACUGCUACAUGACGUCAAGGUGCCUCAAGGUGCAGAAAGCAGCAGUGACGUGGCACUGUACUCAGGUCUGGCUGCCGGCGUGGUGACGGUGGUAGUCCUGAUCGUCGCGGUAACGCUGUACAGGCGAAACCAAAGCGAGUACGGAGUAGACGUCAUCGACUCAUCUGCCCUCACUGGAGGAUUCCAGUCUUUCAGCUUCAAGACUGCCAGACAGGGUAACCCUCUCCUGAUGAACGCAUCCAUGCAGCCUGACCUUACGGUGUCUCGAACCUACACGAGCCCGAUGUGCUUUCCUGAAUCCAUGGACAAGGAACUAAUCUCAGAGCCCUCGCUCUUUGACCCCCUUCCUGAUCUGAAAGUCAAAGUUCACAGCUCCUUCAUGGUGUCGCUCGGAGUUUCCGACAGGGCAGAAUACCACGUCAAGUCGCCACCCCAAACUUUUCCCCGGGGGCUGGUCCAGGAUUUCGGAGGGAGAGGAAGUACUUUAGGGAGCAGAGAGAAAAACAAUUUGAACACACUCCCUCCUUCUCACACCGCCAACACACCCUCCACCAAAUCCUCCGUCAAGACAGUCGGAGUCUUCGGCCACGCAGGUGGCAGGCUGGUGGUGCCAAAUGCAGGUGUCAGUUUGCUGGUACCUCAUGGAGCAAUAGGUGAGAAUACUACCUGGGAACUCUACAUGAGCAUCAAUCAAGAGGAAACAAGUGCCCCAUCAGAUGAGGGAAAUGAAAUUCUACUGAGCCCAGAGGUCACUUAUGGCCCACCAGGACUUGAUCUUUCCUGCCCUGUCGCCAUGACAAUAGCCCACUGUGCGGACGUGAGCACUGAGGACUGGAGCAUACGGCUGAAGAGACAGAUGCAGGAGAACAUGUGGGAGGAAGUAAUGGCAGUGGAGGAGGAGAGCACGUCCUGUUAUUGCCUGUUGGAGUCUCAGUGCUGCCACCUGUUGGUUGACCGGCCUGGGCGCUAUGCCCUCGUGGGCGAACCAUUGACCCAAUCAGCAGGCAAAAGAAUCAGACUGGCAGUUUUUGGCAGCAUGGAAGCCAACACACUCAACUACAGCCUCAGAGUCUACUGCGUGGAUGACACACCCCAUGCAUUUCAGGAGGUUGUGUCUCUGGAGCGUGGCAAAGGGGGACGUCUCCUGGAAGAGCCGAAGACCCUGCUGUUUAGGGGAAACACUUUCAGCCUGCAGUUGUCCAUUCAGGACAUCCCACAGUUCCUCUGGAGCAUCAAACCCUUCACCACCUGCCAGGAGUUCUCUUUCUCUCAGGUGUGGUGCAGUAACCAGACUCCUCUGCAGUGUGCCUUCUCUCUGGAGCGCUACAGCCCAGCAACCAAUCAGCUCUCUUGCAAGAUCAGCGUGCGGCAGGUCAAAGGUCAUGAGCAGAUCCUGCAGAUCUACACUACCGUCGGUGAGAAUGAAAAAGACACUGUUCCGUUUUUCACCCAGUCGGACUGUACCAUCACUUCUCAGAUGGGGUCCAAAGCCUUUAAAAUCCCCCUCUCCAUUCGGCAAAGGAUCUGCGCCACUUUUGACACAGCCAACACCAAGGGCAAAGACUGGCAGCUCUUAGCACAGAAACUGCAUAUUGACAGGAACCUGUGUUAUUUUGCAUGCCAGCAGAGCCCAUCAGCAGUCAUUCUGAGUCUAUGGGAGGCUCAGCACCAAGAGAGGGGGGACCUGGACUUACUGGCUAGCGCCUUGGAAGAGAUAGGCAAGGUUCACUCCAAGCAUACCACCAGCGUCAACUCAGUGGAUGACAUUGGCAAAGUCUCAUCCAGAAACACUACCAUGAGCCGUAGCCACGAGGAACUGGACUCAGACCACACUUAG